CCAGAGGUUUAUUUAGGGAGAGAGCCCCAUUGUUAAUUUGUCAAAUGGCAAUGACAAGUGGAAGAUCCACAUGCCCAAAAUUCUUAAAAAAAUCUUUAUUUGAAAACAAAUAUUGAAAACAAAAGUUUACCCCGUUAGAAACAAAACAAAGUUUCAUUUCCCCACUCUCCACGAAUCCAAACAAGCUCUGUCAAAAAAUAAAAAAUAAAAAAUAAAAAAAUACUCGUCUCUCACUUUCCGUCUCCCUUCCACGUGCAUUGCACGUGCGAUGGAAAAUAUGAGAGGCGCGAUGGCGGGCCAAGAGAGAGAGAGGGGCAAGUCUGGAAGAGAAAAUCGAAGCACGCACAUGGAUUGGAAGAAUGAUGCAAUCACGUCUAUCGGCUGCGACGAAUUUCGCUUGAGUUUCCUCUCCAGGCAUAAUUCUUCAAACACUUCAGCAGUUACACUUGAAGUUCUGGGCCAUCAAUUGCAGUUUGCUCAGGAUCCAAACUCAAAGCAUUUGGGUGCAACAGUUUGGGAUGCAUCAGUCGUGUUUGUCAAAUUUUUGGAAAAGAACUCUAGAAAGGGUAGGUUUUGCCCCAUGAAAUUAAAAGGAAAACGUGCCAUCGAACUUGGGGCUGGUUGUGGACUAGCUGGAUUUGGCUUGGCACUAUUAGGAUGCAAUCUAGUCUCAACAGAUCAAAUUGAGGUAUUGCCAUUGCUUAUGAGGAAUAUUGAGCGGAAUACUUCAAGGAUCAAGCAAUCAAAUCCAAAUUCAGCUUUGUUUGGUUCCAUUGAAGUUGCAGAGUUGGACUGGGGAAACCCUGACCACAUAAAAGCUGUUGGUCCACCAUUCGAUUACAUUAUUGGCACUGACAUUGUUUAUGCAGAGCAUCUUUUGGAGCCACUCUUGAAGACCAUAGUUGCCUUAUCGGGACCCAGAACUACUGUCUUGUUGGGCUAUGAGAUCCGAUCCACAACUGUGCAUGACCAAAUGAUUCGCAUGUGGAAGAGCAAUUUCGAAGUGAAAACCGUGCCAGAAACAAAGAUGGAUAGUACGUACAGGCAUCCAAGCAUCCAGCUCUUCAUUAUGGGGUUCAAAGCUCAAGUUGGAUGUUGUGCAGAAGACAUGACGCAGGGCCAGAUCAAUGAGCGUGGAGGAGAAGAGGAGUGUGGGAGCGGUGAGGAAGCAGAUUCCAAUGUUGAGGAAGUUUUUGUUGAAGGGACAACAGGUAACCAUAAACUCAGCAGCGAUUGGGAAGCUAGAAGAUAUGGUUCUAUGGCAGCGCGGCUUCUUCGAGAUGUCAAGACAACAUGAAGAAAAUGAAGUGGAUCAUAAUAUCUUUAGUUUUCAUCAUUUUGCAUUGGUUGUACUACAAAAUAAUUUGCAUUAGUCAGCUUUUGUGGUGGCAGUGGCAUCAGUGAGAAUGUUGUUGAUUGGGUACAACCAUUGUUUGAAGUAUCCCCGAUAUUAUCUACAUCUCCAGCUCAGCAAUACUGCUAACACUGGUAGUGAUACCGAUAACACUGGCAGUAUCAAAAAUUUCGGGUAUUGGCAAUGUUGCUAAGCAUCGCAAAUGUAUUGAUAUUGUCAAUGUAUCGCUACUUUUUAACUAUGUAAAUUCCAGGUGUCGCUUGUAUUUCCAAUGUAACGAUCUCACCAA